AUGGCUGGCGGGGGAUCCUCUUCUUCAGAUCUACUCGCCGGCUUGCAACAACUCUGCGGCAACUACAAGUCUCAGAGUGAGGAUACGAAGGACGGCUCCGAGCCGUUGAUCAUGGCCUUGGAGAACUUGCUCGCAAGAGCCAGGCGGCAGAAAGGUUUCGACCUGUUCAACGGCCUUCGACGACAACUAGCGGAGAAGGAGCAGCGUAGCAGGGCACAAGCUUCCAAUUCUUCGUGGAGCUCAUCCUGGGAUGACAAGCGCCAGAGACAAUGGAAAGACUACCCCUCCUCGGGACAGACCUGGAGAAGCUGGCGUCACGACCCGGCGCAGAAAUGGCUGGGGCAACACCGCGCAAAGAACCAGGAGCCCUACAAGGAUGACUGGGGCAACGUCGUUUGGAGGCCUCGGCUUGCUGAUUGGGGCAGCGCGGAAACCAGCAAGCUUCAUAUGGUGUGUGGGGCGGUGGAUUUUGCGAAGGUGUUGGAUGACUUCAAAGAUGAAGGAUUUGUCGUACUCGCAGACAGCAUCGAGACUACGAGGAAUGCCGUGGAUUGGCAUGUGGUGAACGCAAUGCUAGGGUCACUGUUGCUCCCCACCAACGUGCCCUGGCCCGAGGACCCGAGAUGA